AUGGCCGUUGCAAUCUUCAACCGUGCCCGCGAGGUGUUCCAGAGUCCUGUGAUGGUGGCCGUCGUGAGCGGGGAGGAGUACUUCCCGGCCCCGAAGUGCAGACCUACGAAGAGAUCAGAGGUAUAUGACGAUCUUCGAUCUAGCUUGUACGUGAAAUAUGGGAGUGAAACCGGAUCGCAUCGCGGUUCUGGACGACCAUGGCAGGGUCUUUAA